AUGGAUUACUUCAACGUGACGAAUGCUUUUAUUGCUAUCAUCGUGGGAAUCAUCACUUACUCUGCCUACAAUAUGCUCGGUUUCGGCCCAAAUCAGUUCCCCGUCAAUGGGAAGACAAUCUUAGUAACAGGUGCCUCCGAGGGAUUGGGUAGAUCAAUUGCUAUACAACUUGCCCAAAAAGGCGCCAAUGUUGUCAUUGCCUCGAGAUCCGCUCACAAACUCGAAGCCGCCAUUGCAGAUAUCAAGGCCGCUGCAGUGAACUCAUCGACACAACGCUUCCACUUCAUUAGCGCGGACUUGACAGACCCCGAUGCCGCGGAUCGCCUGCUGGAGGAAACCACAACAUGGAAUAACGGGGCAGCCCCUGAUGUUGUCUGGUGUUGCGCCGGAUUCUGCCAUCCAGGCCUCUUCAUCGAUGUGCCUAUCAAAACACUGCGCGAUCAAAUGGACACCGUCUACUGGACGAGCGCGUACACUGCACACGCCACGCUGAGGAGAUGGCUGGUCCCAGUCUCCCAAAUCAGUACCGCAGCAAAGACAGAGCAACCACCUCCACGACACCUCAUUUUCACUGCAUCGACUCUCGCCGUCUUCACGGUCUCCGGCUACAGCCCUUACUCACCACCCAAAGCCGCCAUGCGCAAUUUAUCCGAUGUCCUCGUGCAAGAAAUCGAAAUGUACAAUGGCGCUCGUCGCAACAGAGACGCUGAUGCCCCCGCAACCGACGUCAAGGUUCACAUUGUCCUUCCCAUGGGUAUGACCAGUCCCGGCUAUGAGAAUGAGCAGAAACUGAAGCCGGAGCUUACGCAUAUCAUGGAAGAAGCCGACAAGCCCCAACUCCCAGAAGAAGUGGCAACCAUUGCCAUCAAGGGGUUGGAGAGGGGCGAUUUCCAGAUCGUCACGAACACUAUAGGUCAGCUGAUGAGGACGAGUGCGCUGGGUUCGAGUCCACGGAAUAAUGUCUUCUUCGAUACAGUGGUGAGUUGGUUGAGUAGUAUUGUGUGUCUUUUUGUCAUUUCGGACUUUGCGAAGAAGGCUUUCAAUUAUGGGAAACAGAAGGGGGUUCCGUCUGCGAAGUGA